AACUGAACGAGUGGUGUCAGACUGCAUCUUGCUGUCUAAAGAGGUGAUAUUUCACAAUGAGGCGUGCUGCAGCUUUUCUGGCGUUGCUGCUCUGUCUGUACUGGACGGGGGCUCAGGGUGAGAGUGGAGGGCUGACAGGGAAUGAUAUCACUCAGACGGAGAUUCAGUCUGAGAUCCUGGGUGUCAAAUCAACCAGUGAUCAGACCAACAUCACCCCUGACAUCUGGGCUGAGCUGAAGGAGCUGAGAGACAUGGCCAUCGAACACAGUGUGGAGCUGAGGAACAGCAAGAGCAAGAUAGAGAAGCUGGAGCAGGAGAAGCUGAAGAUAGAGAGUGCAGAUAUGAUGGCCAGAUUGAAAAUCAGUGAACAUGUGAUGGAGGAGCUCAAGAUGGAGAACACAGAUCUUCUAGACAGAGUAACAUCAUUUGAAGAUAAGAACAAAGUGUUGGAGGCCAGAAUGACCGUCAGUGAAAACGAGGUGGAGGAGCUCAAGAGACAGAAUGCAGACCAACCAAAGGUGGCGUUCUCACUUGGUCUCACUGACAGCGGAACAAUUGGACCCUUCAAUACUGACAUCACACUUAAGUUCAGUAAAGUCAUCACCAACUUUGGUCAGGUCUACAGUCCAACUACAGGUCUCUUCACAGCCCCAGUCAGAGGAGCCUACUACUUCUCAUUCACUACACUGGAUGGCCGGAAUAAUGUACGGAGGGAAGUUCAUCUCUAUCACAAUGACAAGAGAGUGUUGAACAGUCAUAAUUACAGUGCGCAUAGCUCGGAAAGUGUUUCUAAUUCACUGGUUCUUCAGCUGGAAAAGGGGGACGUGGUCUACCUGGUUUUACCUGCUGGCCAGAGUGUAUACGAUAGUGCCGAAGAUUUUACUUCCUUUAAUGGAUUUCUGCUUUUUCCACUGUGAGACUCAAACAUGAGAGUUGAUUUACCCCCAAAUGUUUGGCAUAGUGUAUAAACAAGUCAUACAGUAUUCAUGUGUAUAUGAAAGGAUGCGCAUUGUUGCUGUGUUGACUUUGCUCUGCAACAAACUACAUAUGAAAUAAAAGAAUGAAUAUGAGGAAGAAAAAAAAAAAAAAAAAACAACAAACGAAGAAAAGAAAGAAAGAAAAAAACAGAAAAAACAAACAGAUUAAUGGUAACGGUACGGCACAGAGAAGCAUGGAGGCCAGUGAAGGUUUCAGUGUGGGCAGACGAGUAGAAACCGAACCAAAGCGGGACCAAACCGACGCUAACAUCCACCGCUAACCGUCGCUACGCUAACAAUUAUAAUAAGGAUACUAAUUUUUUUUUUUUUUUUAGCAUCUACUUUAUGAUUUAGGGAGUUCAAAGGAUGUCAAAAAUAAUAUAAAAUCGAGAGGAAAU